GAUUUCACAAUGGGCUCCAUCAGUGCAGCAAAUGCAGAAUUUUGUUUUGACAUAUUCAAAGAGGUGAAAAUCCACCGCAGCAAUGACAAUGUGCUCUUUUCCUCCCUGAGCAUGCUUUCAACCCUGGCCCUGGUGUAUAUGGGAGCAAGGGGUAAGACUCAAUCCCAGAUGGAGAAGGUUCUUCACUUUGAUAAUGUUACAAGAGAUGGAGACAUUUCUGACUCCCAGGUAGAGAAACCUCAGUGUGGCACUGCUGAGUCCAUCCACAAAACAUUCAAGGAUCUUCUCUCAGACAUCAGCAGGCAAAAUGCUACUAACUCACUCAGGAUUGCUGACAGACUCUAUUUUGAAAAAACCUACCCUAUUCUUGAGGAAUACAUAAAGUGUGCAAAGAAAUUCUACAGAGCAGAGCUGGAAGAAGUUGACUUCAAAACAGCUGCAGAGGAAGCAAGACAGCGCAUCAAUUCCUGGGUGGAGAAGGAGACAAAUGGACGGAUCCAAGACUUCCUUGUGUCAGACUCUGUUGAUCUCAAUACUGCGCUGGUCUUUGUGAAUGUCAUUUACUUCAAAGGGAUAUGGAAAAUUGCAUUUAAAGAACAACACACUCAGGAAGAACCUUUCAAUGUGACUGAGCAAGAGAGCAGACCCGUGCAAAUGAUGCAUCAGAACAGCACCUUCAGAGUGGGAAGAGUGGCUGAAGAUAAAAUUAAGAUCCUGGAGCUUCCCUAUGCCAGCGGAGAGCUGAGCCUGUUGGUGCUGCUGCCUGAUGACAUCUCUGGCCUGGCACAGAUUGAGAGCAAAAUCAGCUAUAAAAAACUCCUGGAAUGGACCAGUCCCAAGGUGAUGGAAAAGAAGAGAGUAAAAGUGUACCUCCCACGCAUGAAGAUUGAGGAGAAAUAUAACCUCACAUCUGUCCUGACAUCCUUGGGUAUGACCGACCUGUUCAGCCCCUCGGCCAACCUCUCUGGCAUCUCUUCAGCAGAGGGCCUGAGGGUAUCUGAGGCCAUCCACGAGGCGUACAUGGAAGUCACUGAAGAGGGCACUGAGGAGGCAGGUGGCUCAGAGGCAGUGACUGGAGACAUCCAAUCUUCCUCUGAGUUUGAAGAGUUCAGGGCUGACCACCCAUUCCUUUUCUUGAUCAAACACAAUCCAAGCGACAUGAUCCUCAUCUUUGGUAGAUAUCGUUCUCCCUAA